AUGUCGGAACAGGAGGCAAAACCCUCAACAGGGGACUUGGGGAAUAAGAAGGAAGGAGGAUACAUUCAACUCAAAGUCAUCGGACAGGACAACAGUGAGAUUCACUUCAAAGUGAAAAUGACAUCUCACCUCAAGAAACUCAAAGAAUCAUGCUGUCUAAGACGGGGAGUUCCAAUGAACUGGCUCAGGUUUCUCUUGGAGGGUCAGAGAAAUGCGGAUAAUCACACUCCAAGAGAACUGGGAAUGGAGGAGGAAGAUGUGAGUGAAGUUUAUCAGGAACAACAGCAGGUCAUUCAGUGGAAAGCCUGGAUGGCAGCUGCCCCCAGGCUGCUUCGUAGAAUAUCAGUGCAGCGCAAUGAAGGUGUAACUGUCUGGCAGACCCUGUUCUUCCGGGAGGCCUGGGCUGAAGAACCAAAGAUGUAA